AUGACAGAAUAUGCAAAUAGUUGUAGUUCGGUUAGAGACAUUCAACCGAUUAAUUUAGUUUUUGAUGAAAUUCCGUCGUUUAAUCUUGGUUUAACACAAGAUGAAGACGUUAACGUGUGUUCUACUAGCAUGGAAGAGCUGAGAUCGAAGCAGCAUAGCGAUCCUGUAAAGACUGUGAAAAUCAUGAAACAGAAAAAAGUCCAUUAUUCAGCAGAUGGGAAACUCGAAAUGAAUUUGGAAGAGUUCAAGGAAUGGUUGAAGAAGUUUGAUGUAGACAAGGAUGGGAAAAUAAGCAAAGAAGAACUUCAAGAGGUGGUGCGAUCCACCGGAGGUAGGUUUUGCCGGAUAAAAGGCUGGCGGGGGAUGAAAUUUGCUGACACUAACAAGAGUGGAUUUAUUGAUGAAAAUGAACUCAAUAAUCUUGUAGAGUUUGCACAAAAAUAUUUACAUGUGAGGAUUGUUUAUUAA